CGACCUUCUGCCAUGUCCCUGAUGUGAUGACAUCAUCGCUGUGCUUCACACAACAAUCGCGAAAGCGAGGCAUUCUUUGAAGGUCGCCAUUUUGAUUUGCCUAGGGAUUCGGCUGCGUAAUAAAUAUUGGAAGUUUGACGCUGAUUUACAAACAGGAUGAGCUUCCUAUUGUGAGUUUCAUUGAUUUCAUAAUAACUUAGACAUCACGGUCUUCGUUACUGCCAGCAGUACAGCAAAUAUUCUGAGAUUUUCCCAUAGUAUCGUGUCGAUUCAGAACAAAGUUUUCUUGUAUGUGGGUAUAUUUGGGAUACGUCCAACAGUGAACUGAACUAAACUAUUUAGCUAAGGAUGAUAUUCAUUGAUUUUCUAGCGGUGGCCGCUCUACAAAAACCUUCAAACCCAAGAAAAACAUUCCCGAAGGGACUCACCAGUAUGAUUUGAUGAAACACGCCGCCGCGACUCUUGGAAGCGGAAACCUUCGUCUCGCAGUUAUGUUACCUGAAGGAGAAGACCUUAACGAAUGGGUUGCUGUUAAUAGUAAGUUAUAAGUCAUGAAUUAUUUGUCUUUUUUGUAUUUUUAAAACACUUACGAUGUUUAUUCCCAAUGAAAUCUGAUAUGUUGCUUCUUUAGCGUUUUGGUUGUAUAUUGCUUCCACGUCAGAGUUUGUGUAUCUCGCUUUCGAGUAACUAAUCGACCUUCUUUCACCUUAAACUCAGCUGUGGAUUUCUUCAAUCAAAUCAACAUGUUAUACGGAACGAUAACAGAGUUCUGUACUGUCGAGUCUUGUGCCGUAAUGUCUGCUGGUCCGAAGUGAGUGCACACAUAUUAAAAGUGAUAAUUAUUGACUUAAUUUUCUGUUGUUUAUUUUCUCUCUUUUCUAUGUUCUUCCAUAUCCAAAUUAUUACGAUGUUAUGUCCAAGUCUGAACCAUAAUGAUCUUAGCAAUUAAGUCUAUGUGUUUUGGUUAAUUUCCAGAAAUUAAAUAGAGUUGUGUUAAAAAUUAAAACAAAACUAAGAGCAAUUUUCUCUUCUUUGCACCAAAAAAAAGACAGUCAGAGACUGCAUGUGGCUUCUGGUAUAGCACAAUUUUUAUAGCAUUGGAAAGAACUAGAGGUUGUAUAACCAAGCUAGAAGCUUGUGUUGCAGAAUAUUGUCUCACAUGGAAAACAGAAAACUUGCUGCAUUCCACAUUUUAUGAGUACCUUGUUCCACAAGAGAAAGAUGAUUUGAAAAAUAUAUUGAAGAAAUGACUCUCUACCAAUAACUAAAUGGUAACAGAUAAUUGUAUUAGCAAUAAUAAUAAUAAUUGUAGCAAUAGUAAUAUAUUUCCAAAGGGUCUUGAUAUUAGAAGGCAAGUCAAGAAUUUAAAGAAAGCAACAAAACUUUUGAGUCUGUAAAACAUGUUUCAACAGAAACUUCUGUCAUCUUCAGUUAAUUACUGUACAAAGCAUUGAAAGUUGAAUUAUAUAGUAAGUAGAACAAUGCUAAUUAAGAUGAAUAGUGACAACAAGAAAAGAGGUAAAGGAUGAAAGUGUGAGAAUUAAAAAGAUAGAUUUCUUUUUAAUUCUCACACUUUCAUCCUUUACCUCUUUUCUUGUUGUCACUAUUCAUCUUAAUUAGCAUUGUUCUACUUACUAUAUAAUUCAACUUUCAACGCUUUGUACAUAAAGGUGUUUUACAGACUCAAAAGUUUUGUCACUUUCUUUAAAAAUAGUAAUAUAAUAGUAAUUAGAAGGGGCUAGGGCAUAACUCUCAUGGUUCCCCAAUCUUUUGGGCUCCAAAAAUGAUUACCUUUGAAUAAAGGGAGUAAGUUUCCAAAGAAAACCUGUGCUUCUAUUAAUUUUGCCUCUUAACUAUAAAUAAUUUUCUUAUUUUAUUAACAUACCAUUGUUUGAGACUAUUGUUUCAUACAAAAAGAGAUUCUCUACUAUUUCCUUAUGGGAUUCAGUUUUUCAGAUGCCUAUCAUACUGUUUUAAGACUUUUUUUUUCAGUUCCCUUUUAACCUUUCAGGUAUGAAUACCAUUGGGCAGAUGGAACAACAAUAAAAAAGCCGAUAAAAUGUUCAGCUCCAAAAUACAUUGAUUACCUUAUGACAUGGGUUCAGGACCAACUAGAUGAUGAGACCCUCUUUCCAUCAAAAAUAGGUAAGAGGUGGUAACUUUGUUGUCAAUGGUAGCAAUUGCAUAAUGUUACAAAGAAGAAAAUUUGGGUUUCAUGAGACCCAGUUUGGUUUAUGAGGUUGGAUGGUGGAAUAACUGAAAUACUGGGAACUUUGGGAAAGUCUCUCUCAUAUUUAGAGGUGAUAAGCAUCCUUCAUUCUUAAAUUUGUCAUGAACAACAAUAACAAAGUUUUCUUACAAUUCAACUAUGAUUUUCAGUUAAUUGAGAGGCAACUUAAGUUUGGUGACCAUGUUUUGACAUAAGUAUCAUGAUGCACAGGUCUUGAGUUACCAUUGCAUAUUAGAGUUGUACAUAAGAUUGCUCCUGACAACACUUUAUUGUAUGGUCAAAACCAAGUGACCAAACUUUUUUAUGCAUCUCACUCAAUUAAUAAUUAUAGUAUGUAUAUAAUGGCUCAUAGCUUUGAGGAUGUUCAUGGAAAUAUGGAUAACUAAGCUGAAGAGCGAGAAAGGAUUAAAACUAUUUAAAAACUCAAUCAGGUUUCUUUGUUGAUCCAGGGCCACUGCUCCUUCCUUGGCUCCCCUGAUAUUCUCUUAUUCUUUCAUGGCAGGUGUUCCAUUCCCAAAGAACUUUCUGUCCAUCGCCAAGACAAUCCUCAAACGACUGUUCAGAGUUUAUGCACACAUAUACCACCAACACUUCCUCCAUAUUGUAGGACUUGGGGAAGAGGCUCAUCUAAACACGUCCUUUAAGCAUUUCAUGUUCUUUGUUCAAGAGUUUGGUCUGGUUGACAAAAGAGAGCUGGCACCGCUUCAGGAACUUAUAGAAAAACUCACAAACAAGGAUAAAGUUUAG